CAGGGUUAAGGUCAUAUUGCGUCAUUAUUAAUGACCAACAGUUAGAUUAAUGGACUGUCUGCAGCCAUAACCACAACGGGCAAACCCAGUGCCACGCACACUCUAUCAGAACUUCCAAGGUCUCAUUAAAUAGAUAAUGAGUUAGGAACAGGAGAAGAUCGAAUGACCUGAAAACUACACGAAAGGAAAGACUACUAUCUGCCUGUUGAGAGGGCUUGUCACCAGCUACCUGCUUUUGGGAGAUAAAUUAUCCCGAAAAUAUUGGCUACAUUUCAAACAGGCUGUUCAGACUACUAUGCUAUCUAUUUUGAAUAAGACAUUUAACCAUUAGAUUGAAGCGUCUGGCAGAGGGAUAUUUUCUUCCCAGGACAUGGGGAAUGGAAUAAACAAGGUGCUGCCUGAUCUCUAUCUGGGAAACUUCAAAGAUGCGCGGGACAAGGAGCUGUUGGCGAAGCACAAUAUCACCCACAUCCUUUCCAUCCAUGACACCGCUGCCCCCAUUCUAGAGGAGAUGAAAUACCUCUGCAUCCCUGCUGCUGAUGCCUCCAAACAAAACCUGACCCCGUUUUUUAAGGACAGCAUCAUUUUCAUCCACGAGUCCAGACUCAAAGGGAAAGGCUGCCUGGUCCACUGUGUGGCAGGUGUGUCUCGUAGUGUUACGUUGGUGGUGGUGUACAUCAUGACAGUUACUGGGCGGGGCUGGGUGGAGUCCUUAGCUGCGGUGAGGGUGGUACGGCCGUGUGCUGGACCUAACGUGGGGUUCUUAAGGCAGCUAGAGGACUUUGAGAAUCUAGAGGUGGCACAGUAUAGGGAAUGGUUUAAGGACAGGUAUAAGGAGAACCAUUUUAAUGAUGAAGAGGAGAUCAGAGCCCUUCUGUGGCAGAAGUCUCAGGCCAUCAGUGAGUCCAUAGCAACGGCCACGGCAACGGCAGCUCAGCUAGCCACCAGCAACACAUGACCCCAUGUCUCCUGCCUGCUCAGCCCACGCCAGACAGCUGUCACUCACUCAAUGGCCAGCCAAUCACUGUUUCUGACAUCAAUAUAUAUUGGUGGGACUGAGUUUCUUAUUCAGUUCAACCAACUGUAGGUUAGACCAACUGGAAAAUGUUGAUUACAAAAAAUGUACAGGUUGUCAUGAGGGGAUUUCUCAGUGGUACCUGUGUACGACUGGGUUCUUGCUCUCCCCUAACAGUCACAGCAACAUGCAAGAGCAGUCAAUCUGAACGCCCAGGAAAGAUACAUUACAAGCCUACAUUACACACACACAGAGAGAGAGAGAGAGAGAGUAAACCUCGAACUUCUAUCAUCUCCCCCACUCCUGUCCAUACACACUCCCUCCCCCUCUGGGAGUGUGACGUGUGUGGGUUUGUGUGUGUGCUUUGUGAAUACAUUUACAUUUAAGUCAUUUAGCAGACGCUCUUAUCCAGAGCGACUUACAAAUUUGCCUAAUACGAGGAAUACAUCUCUGUAUAUUCAUAGGCCUAAAAGUUAUGUGAAACGCAGCACUGUAUCUUUGUAGACCAACAGAGAUUUUGAUGGAUUAUUCUUGACCAUGACUUAUAAAAAAGUACUUAAAAUGUGUCUACUGUUUCCAUGCAUACAGAGGUGGUUGAAGUUAGCCUAUAUCACCAAGCACAGCCACAUUUUCAUUUUAUCCCCACUAGGCAAUCUUCUUUAUCACAAUGACAAUUAGCCUAUGACUUUAGGAAUUAUAAUGAUUACAUAGGCUACUAAUUAAAAAAUUGGCCUCUGA